AUGGUCGAGCUGUGUUACAGAGAUCCUAUCAGCACCGAGCAGAAAAAUCCCAAAAACAUUGAAGUUAUCAAUCAAUGGGCAUCGGAGUUGAACUUCAACUCCGACACCGAGAAGACACCGUCCACGUUGCUUUAUCGCGGUCUUCAAGAUGAAGCUUUUUGGGGCUACAACAUACCAGCCGCCACUGAUGAAGAAGCCCUCAAAUGGUUUAAGCUGCUUCUCAUCGAUGCAAAAAAUCUUUCUCCUGACCUGCAGAACUCACGUCAGAUAGCCACUGCCAAAAGACUUCUAGACGAUGCAAACAGGGAUACAGUGGAGGCUGUGAGCAGCUAUCUUCGUCGCCUAUGGAAUCAUGCCAUCGACCACAUCGGUCAGUCGACAGGAAUAGGCCUCAUGAAGCUUUGCAAAUUUCAUGUGGUUAUAACUCUUCCAGCAAUUUGGCCUGAAUACUCUAAAGCACGUAUGAAGCGCGCGGUGGAGAAUGCUGGGAUCCUAGAAACUCGUCCGGCAGGUGACACCGUCUUAUCAUUCAUCUCGGAAGCCGAGGCCGCUGCUUUGGCUACGAUGGAAGAUCUUAAGAACCGCCCUGAUAUUCAGGAUGGUGAUUAUUUCGUUGUCUGCGAUGCUGGGGGCGGCACAGUCGACCUUAUGGCCUAUGAGGUUGUAGGUACCAGCCCCGUGGCUGUGAAGGAAGUGGUAAAGGUAAACGGCAGGCGUUGCGGUGGCGUAUUCCUUGACCAAGCCUUCGUCGAGCUGUUGAGUCACCAGCUAAGCCCAGGCAUGUGGGACGCGAUGUCCAAAGAUGAGGUGAAGAGGCUUCUAAAUGACAAUUGGGAGCAUGGCAUCAAAAAGCAAUUUUACGGCCAACAGAAAGAUUGGGUUGUGACUAUGCCCCAAAGUCGUCAACAGAAGAGUCACAGCAGCACCUUUCGAAGAGGGACCCUGAUACUUAGCCAUGCGGACUUGGACCUCGUAUUGGUCGGAGAGCAGAUCCAUCAAAUCGAAGAAAAGCAUCAUAGGAAACCAAAGUACAUCAUUCUUGUAGGGGGCUUUGGUCGCUGCCCCUACCUCUACACACAUCUUGCUCGAGAACUUGCCACCAGUGACACACAAGUUCUACAAGCGCAAGGAUCGAGACCUUGGAGUGCCGUAUGCCGAGGCGCUGUGCUGCGAGGACUUGCGUGUCAGAACGAAGUACCAAGUCACGCCCAGGCAAUAAAGUCUAGGAUUGCAGGACUCAAUUAUGGUCAAAGUCACUUUAAGAAUUACGACCCCCAAGUCCAUCUGAAGAUUGAUAGGGUGUGGGACGUGCAAGAGAUGAAUUGGAAGGCAGACAACGAGAUGAAGUGCACAGACAUUUGCGAGACCAAGGCCCUUCGCCAUGGCUACUACCGUCUUUACGACAAACCUCCUAGCGAAAUCGUCGAAAGACUUUGCUACUCUGCCUCAUCGCCGGCACCUACGCGCAAAGACUCAGACGUCAAGGAAUUAUGCACAAUCACUUGGAACAGGAAAAUUGAUUUCGAGUCUCUACCUACCUUUACCAAUCCCGUUGGCAAGGUUUUCUAUAGACUGGAGUGGGAAGUAGAGAUGUCCUGUGAGGUUUUCCACAACGGCAAACGGGUGGCUGCGAAGAACGUUCUAGUUGAUUUUGAAAUGGAAUGA